CGUAAGAGAAUAAAAAGACUGCCGGUGGCAAAAUUGCUGGAAGCUUCAGAAUUUGGUUUCGUGAAGAGAGAGGGACAGAUUUCAUUAGACAUACAAACCUUAUUCACAGAACUCGCUUUUUUAGACUAUACAAUCAUAAUCCCCUCCUUUUUUUAUCAGAUCUUUCGUUUUCACCCAGUCUCAAUUUGCAAGAAUUCUCUGCAAAUAUCUCGUGGCUUUUCGAUUUUUUGAGGAUUUUCUAUUGUUCAGAGACAUCCUCCGAGGUUGAGGAUGGACAAUUAGAAAAUUCAAUGCAAUAGGUUCACGCGAUUCGGAUCCAGCUGAUUUUGGUUAGGGUUUUGUUCCAACUUCAGCUGGUUCUUUAGGCAGCUGCAGGCCUGAGGUUUGAGGAUCAAGUAUUUUGUCCUUUUGGACUUGGCCAAAAUGGCAGAGAGACAAGAUGUGUAUGAUGAAACAAGGGAGAGAAGAUCAUAUUAUGAGAACUCUGAAGAUGAGAGAAGGAGAUCAAAGAUAGGAUCUUUGAAGAAGAAGGCCCUAUAUGCUUCAAACAAGCUCACUCAUUCACUAAAGAAAAGAGGGAAAAGGAAAGUUGAUUUUAGAGUGCCUUCUGUUUCCAUUGAGGACGUGCGUGACCCAAAAGAGGAGAGUGUUGUCGCAGAACUGCGUCAAAAACUCCUCGAAAUGGAUUUGUUGCCUGUUAAACAUGAUGACUACCAUACUUUGUUGAGAUUUCUGAAAUCAAGAGAUUUCGACAUUAACAAGACUAUCCAAAUGUGGGAGGAAAUGCUUAAUUGGAGGAGGGAGUUUGGAGCAGACACCAUUCUGGAGGACUUUGAAUUCAAGGAGCAGGAACAAGUGUUGAAUUAUUAUCCACAGGGAUAUCAUGGUGUUGAUAGAGAAGGCAGGCCUGUUUACAUUGAAAGGCUGGGAAAAGCUCAACCCAGUAAACUAAUUCGCAUUACUUCAGUGGAAAGAUACUUGAAAUAUCAUGUUCAGGAAUUUGAGAGGGCUAUACAUGAGAAGUUCCCAGCCUGCUCUAUUGCCGCUAAACGGCGGAUCUAUUCAACAACCACAAUUUUGGAUGUACAGGGCUUGGGGAUUAAAAAUUUCACUUCAACAGCCACUAGUCUGUUAGCAGCCAUGGCAAAGAUUGAUAACAGUUACUAUCCAGAGACACUACAUCAAAUGUACAUUGUCAAUGCUGGACCUGGAUUCAAGAAGGUUCUUUGGCCUGCUGCACAGAAGUUUCUGGAUCCCAAAACUGUAGCAAAAAUCCAUGUAAUGGAUAUCUACAUUUUACCACUUGACACGCGUUUCUGUCUCUUUUCUCACCCUCCCUUUCUCUUCUAUUUGCCACAGAUUAUUGAUUACACAUGUCUUCUCUAUGUUGUACAGGUUUUUGACCCUAAAUCCUUGUCGAAACUGCUGGAAGUCAUAGACCCAAGUCAAUUGCCUGAUUUUUUGGGUGGGUCAUGCUCUUGUGAUGUUGAGGGAGGUUGUCUAAGAUCGAACAAAGGCCCUUGGAAUGAUCCUGAAAUAAUGAAGAUUGUGUAUAAUGCAGAAGCAACUUUGGUAAGGAAGAUCAGUAAAACAAGCAGUGAUUGGCAGGGAAAGGACUUGAGUAUUCAAUUACUGCCAAUGAAGGGAAGAUGCAGUGACACAUCUGCGUUUGAAUCAGGAUAUGAUUUUGAUGAUCAUUCCUCCCCAACAAGACAAAAUUGCGAAACGAGUUCAAGACAUACCCCGCUUCAUGAAGCCAGAACAUCAGAUACGAGUGUGUAUUAUAGUUGUGAUGAUCAAUUUCGACAAGAUAAAGACAGUGACAAUGAGCAAGGUGUGGAAGAGGAGUCCUCUAAUAUCAAUGUUGUUGGAAAUACAAAUUUCAACGCAAGACAAUGUUUCGAAGGUACCUUGGUUAUGUAUUGGUUGGAAUCCAUCCAGGAAUCCAUCCAGGAAAGGGUAGUAAAGGGAGGUUUCCGGUGCAUGACGAGAACAGUGAUGUCUAUGAUCACCAAGCUUUUUGAUCUUAUUCAGAAUGCACAUGCUGAAUGUUUGAGGAGGCAGACCGGUGUUUAUCCAUCUAAUACAUUGGAAAGUGAGCAAGAAUCAAACAACCAAUUAUCUGUUGGUGCAGAAGCUGUCAGAGAAGAGAGUAUGGUCCUUCCAUGUGUACAGCGCCUCCAGAGACUGGAAAAUUUAUUGGAAGAAAUUAAGAAGAAGCCUGCUGAGAUUCCCAUGGAGAAAGACCAAUUGCUUCAGCUAUCUCUGGAAAGGAUCAAGUCUGUUGAGUUUGAUCUUGAGAAAACAAAACGGGCAUUGAAUUCUACGGUGGCAAAGCAGCUGGAGAUAUCCCAGUUACUAGAGAAUAUGAGGGAAUCCAAAUUCCAUCGACGGAGGUUUCUAUGUAAUAUCUGAUGGUUUGGAUCGGUGCAGAGACUAUGAAACAGGGCAGUUAUUAUGGUUUAAAAUGAUAGGACGUGAAUAAAUAACUAUGGGUGGAUUUUGAAUGAUCGCAUAUCUGACGGCAAGCCCCCUUAUCCCCCUCCACAAAGUCAAUGGUGGUGGUAACCACAGUUAAGGUACAGCUUUGAGACUGUGCAUUGUAGGAAUGCCUUGCAUUCAUAUCUGAAGUCUUUCUCCUCUUGGAACUGAUUUUACAGAUCUACUUAGCAUACAACCGACUAGCCUUAGGCCCAAAGUAAUGAGUUGUAAAUGAUGAGCCUAAUCAUUAGUAAAUGAAUUGCUCGAUAAACUUAGAAAUGCUUCUGAAUAUACACAGGGAGGGAAGAAUAAAGGCCAGAAGAAAUUGCCAGAUAUUGGUGAUUCUUUGUGAGUAGCUAUGGUUGUGAUCACAACAUGAAACAGUCUAAGAUUCCUCCAUGUACAUAUCCAGUAGGAUGACAUAUAUAGGGUAAUACUAAAGCAGUACAAGUUAUUUAUCUAA